UAACGGCGGCGCCAAGGGCGGUGGGGCCCGGGACUGUUUCCCCUUAAAGGCUUCCCCCCGCCCGGGUCGCAGGAGGACGCCGGAGAGGGCGCCCUGAGUGACCCCCAGCAGCAGCCCGAGCAGGACUCUGUGGUGCGAAGUGCUCAGCCCUGUGUUGGAGAUUCUGCCUCCCCUGGAACAGAUAUCUUCUUGAGCACAAUCCCAAGUCAGGCCAGGUUUUCCUUCAGGUCCCCCUUGUGAACGAAGCCUUCACAGUUCUGGUCAAUCAUGUUGAAAGCCUCCUUGAACUCCUGGAUGUGGAACUGGUCAAACAUCGCGAAGACAUUGGAUGUGGCCUGCUCUGCCCGCUUCGUGGUGGUCUUAGCUUUGGCCCACUUGCUGGACAUUUUGGCUUCAGUUUACAGGAAGCAGUACCUUGAAGAGAAAUUGGAGAGUCAAUUCCUAGGAUAGCAGAGAGAUGGACAACAGACAGAAGGUCACCCCAGCUCUGAUCUUUGCUAUCACAGUUGCUACAAUUGGCUCUUUCCAAUUUGGCUACAACACUGGGGUCAUCAACGCUCCUGAGAUGAUCAUAAAGGAAUUUGUCAAUAACACUUUGAAGAACAAGAAAAAUGCCCCUCCUUCUGAGUUGUUGCUCACGUCCCUCUGGUCCUUGUCCGUGGCCAUAUUCUCCGUCGGUGGUAUGAUUGGCUCCUUUUCCGUCGGACUCUUUGUCAAUCGCUUUGGCAGGCGCAAUUCAAUGCUGAUUGUCAACCUGCUGGCUGUCACCGGUGGCUGCCUUAUGGGACUGUGUAAAAUGGCUGAGUCGGUGGAAAUGCUGAUCCUGGGCCGCUUGGUUAUUGGCCUCUUCUGCGGACUGUGCACAGGUUUUGUGCCCAUGUACAUUGGAGAGAUCUCGCCUACUGCCCUGCGGGGUGCCUUUGGCACUCUCAACCAGCUGGGAAUCGUUGUCGGAAUUCUGGUGGCCCAGAUCUUUGGUCUGGAAUUCAUCCUUGGGUCUGAAGUGCUGUGGCCAGUGUUACUGGGCUUUACCAUCCUUCCUGCUAUCCUACAAAGUGCAGCCCUUCCAUUUUGCCCUGAAAGUCCCAGAUUUUUGCUCAUUAACAGAAAAGAAGAAGAGAAUGCUAAGCAGAUCCUCCAGCGGUUGUGGGGCACCCAGGAUGUAUCCCAAGACAUCCAGGAGAUGAAAGAGGAGAGUGCAAGGAUGUCACAAGAAAAGCAAGUCACCGUGCUGGAGCUCUUUAGAGUAUCCAGCUACCGACAGCCCAUCAUCAUUUCCAUCGUGCUCCAGCUCUCUCAGCAGCUCUCUGGAAUCAAUGCUGUGUUCUAUUACUCAACAGGAAUCUUCAAGGACGCAGGUGUUCAAGAACCCAUCUAUGCCACCAUCGGCGCGGGUGUGGUUAAUACUAUCUUCACUGUAGUUUCUCUAUUUCUGGUGGAAAGGGCAGGAAGAAGGACUCUGCAUAUGAUAGGCCUUGGAGGGAUGGCUCUUUGUUCCCUACUCAUGACUGUUUCUUUGUUAUUAAAGGAUAACUAUAAUGGCAUGAGCUUUGUCUGUAUUGGGGCUAUCUUGGUCUUUGUGGCCUUCUUUGAAAUUGGACCAGGCCCCAUUCCCUGGUUUAUUGUGGCCGAACUCUUCAGCCAGGGCCCCCGCCCAGCUGCGAUGGCAGUGGCCGGCUGCUCCAACUGGACCUCCAACUUCCUAGUCGGACUGCUCUUCCCCUCUGCUGCUUACUAUUUAGGACCCUCCGUUUUCAUUAUCUUCACCGGCUUCCUCGUUACCUUUUUGAUCUUUACCUUCUUCAAAGUCCCUGAGACCCGUGGCAGGACUUUUGAGGAUAUCACACGGGCCUUUGAAGGGCAGGCACAUGGUGCAAAUCGAUCUGGGACGCAAGGCGUUGUGGAGAUGAACAGCAUCAAGCCUGCUAAGGAGACCACCACCAGUGUCUAAGUCAUGCCUCCUUUCACCUCCCUCCCGGCAUGGGAAAGCCACCUCUCCCUGAACGUCGGAGAGAUCCCAUCAGGAUGAACCCAGGAUGGCUUCUGAAUGCUGCUACGUGAUUCCUUUCUUAUCCCCUGCACUCCAUGAGCACCCCAAGGCUGGGGUUUGUUGGAUUUUUAAUGGCUUUUAAAAUAUUUUGUUUCCUGGACAUUCUCUUCUGCUUAGGAGAGACCAAGUGAACUACCUUCAUUUCAGGAGGGUUGGCCACUUGGCAUGUGACAACUUUGCCAGCUUUUCCUCCCUUGGGUUCUAAUAUUGCCCUACUAGGGGAUAUAGGAGAGGAAAAGUAAGGUGCAGUACUUGAAAUCUAGGAUUAUUAACUAAUAUGGGCAUUGUAGUUAAUGGCGGUUGAUGGGUUCUAAUUUUGGAUGGUGUCCAGGGAAGGGAAAGUUAUUUCUAGAAAGCCUGUUCCCCUCACUGGACCAAACAGCUCCUCAUAGUGGACUCAUUACAUUUGAAGUAAUCCCACCACCUAUCCGGUGGGAGAGCCAUCCAUAUAAGAAACCUACAAUAAGUGGUUCUUGGUAGACAUUCAUGAUUUCUCCACUUUGUUCUUUAGGAUAUUUUAGGUGUUGAUUUUUCUUUUAUUUUAACUCAUGCCUUUAAAGGAAUUCCCCAAAGAAUGUUUAUAGCUAACUUGGAAUGUGUAACCUCAGCUCUGGGAGAGGAUUUUUUCUGAACGACUAUUAUCCGAAGUGUGUUGUUGCUUUAGGGUCACUGCCUGCUUGUGUGUGUGUCUGUUACCAUGUCACUGUGGUCCUGUGCCAGGUGCCCUUAGGGGACUUGAAUCUUUCCAGUAGACCACAUUUGAGAUAGUACGAGUCACUGUGCAGUGUAGCCACACUGAGAGGAUGAAUGUCCGUGCACUGUCACUUUGCUCUAGUAGGUUAUUUUAUUGACUUGUUUUCUCUGGGUUUGUUCCUACAGCCCCUUUUCAUAUGUUCCUCCAUCUCCCUUUCCCUUCUUGGUGCUUACACAUCUCAGACCCUUUGGCCAAACCCUUGCCAAUGACAGUAUUUUGGUACUCAGUUCUCACUGUUCCCUCUGGUCGUGAAGCCUUUGAAUAAAAAUGCACAUAGCUAUGGGUUUAGCUGGAAAAGGUGACCUUCCAACUUCAUGUCAACUUCUGGCUCCUCAAGCAGUAGGCUGGCGGUAAGGCAGGGAAGUGUUUUCCCAUUUCUCACUGAGCAGAUUGUGAAUGUUUUAUAUGGAUUUUCUAUGGUGAAUGUUACUCAGAUUCUUGGUUUUAAAAUAAAAAUUCUCAAUGUACACAA